CACCGGGCGCUCUCGCGAGAUCGACGCGAUCGGGGCCUCCGCUUCCGGCGGCGGGAGCGGUGCAGAGUCAGCUGCGGGCGGGGGGCAGCGGCACCGGCACCAGGAUCCGGCCUCGCCUGCGGACGGAACCAGCGCCGCCGUCACCAUGGGCAACAUCUUUGGGAACCUGCUGAAGAGCCUGAUCGGGAAGAAGGAGAUGAGGAUCCUGAUGGUGGGGCUGGACGCUGCUGGGAAGACCACCAUCCUCUACAAGCUGAAGCUGGGGGAGAUCGUCACCACCAUCCCCACCAUAGGGUUCAACGUGGAGACGGUGGAGUACAAGAACAUCAGCUUCACCGUGUGGGACGUGGGCGGGCAGGACAAGAUCCGACCCCUCUGGAGGCAUUAUUUCCAAAACACCCAGGGGCUGAUCUUCGUGGUGGACAGCAACGACCGGGAGCGGGUGAACGAGGCGCGGGAGGAGCUGAUGCGGAUGCUGGCGGAGGAUGAGCUGCGGGACGCCGUCCUCCUUGUCUUUGCCAACAAGCAGGACCUUCCCAACGCCAUGAACGCGGCGGAGAUCACGGACAAGCUGGGGCUGCACUCCCUGCGCCACCGUAACUGGUACAUCCAGGCCACCUGUGCCACCAGUGGGGACGGGCUCUACGAGGGGCUGGACUGGCUCGCCAACCAGCUCAAGAACAAGAAGUGAGCGGGCAGCCCCCCACCCCAUAACCCCGGGGCUGUGCCAGGCCCCCUCCACCCCCCCACACACCUCCUCAGCUGCCCCCUCCCCGCCCCGCUUGCUGUGGGGUUUUGGUUUGGUUUGGGUUUUGGUUUUUUUUUCUCGCCUUUUUUUUGGGGUCUCCUCGGUUCCCCUCGGAUCUCGUGUGUGCGUGCGUGGAAAUCCAGCUCUGUAUAAUGUAUUGGGGGGUACAGGGGGGGGACGGGGGGAGGCUGAACCCUGAGGAGCUGGGGGUGGAGGGGGUGUGAGGGGCCACCUCGGUGCUGCCCUGCCCGGGGGGGGCCAUGCCGGGGUCCCCCAUCCCUGUGCAUGUCCCCACACCCUUCGCCUUCCUCUGGACCAAACCGGGGGGGCAGCAGGGCCGCAGGGGGCAUUUGGGACCAUACACACUCCCCCCUCCCCCGACACCCCCCAGCACCCCCUCCUAGUCCCACUACCCCAUCCCCUCCCCCCCCUAUGAAUCGGGGGUCCCACACGUCCCCAGACCCCCCCUACCCCUCCAUGUCACUUUGAGGCAGGUCUCCUCCUCCUUGCAGCGCGACCCCCUCCCCCUUGGGGGGUGGGCACAGGGUCACAGGGACUCCCUAUAGGUCCCCCCAAGCCUCGUGCCCCCCCCCACUGUGCCCCGGCCGCCUGCACCCCACCCCCGUGCCAGCAUAGUGAUUGUAUGUCCCUGCCCCUCACGGACGGACGGACGGACAGAUGGACAGCCCCAUACCCCCCCCCUCCUUCCUUUCCCCCCCCCCAGCACCGUAUUUAUACCCCCGGUCUGUGCUUGGUGUGUGACGUGUCGCUGCGGCUCUGCCCCGUCCGGGGACGUGUGUACUCACCCCCCGUCCCCCCCACCCCACGC